UAUCCAGGUUUAACCGUUGAUGACUUGUUGUGAUAUGUGACAUAUUUGAGAUGAAUGAGAGUGGGGACAACAUUCUUGAAAUGGAUUCUUUGUCCGAGACAAAAUUGGAGGGCGACACGGAAAUAGAGAUGGGAAUGGAAGUUGUCUAUUCUCAGGAGUUUUUGCCAACCUAUGAGACUAUACCUGAGGGGGCAUCAGUGCCCAAAGUGGAGAAGGUUGAGUUCAACGGCAAAUCUGACUCUCUGUUCUUCAAUGAUGGGGUUAGACGGAUCGACUUUGUCUUAGUCUAUGAAGAUGAGGACAUGAAGGAGACUGACAAAAAUAGAACGUUCCAGAAACGUAAACAACGCAGAGAGUACUUUGAGGCCAGCUUGAUGAAGAUGGGGAUGGAACUAGAGGCUGCCAGAUCUGUGGUAGAUGAGAAGCUGUUGUUCGUCAAGGUGCACAUGCCCUGGGAUGUGCUGUGUACCUACGCCGAGGUCCUCCACAUCAAGCUGCCCAUUCAGCCCAAUGACCUGUCCACCACGUCCUCACCCUUCAACUUCCUCAGCUGCAUCACCAGACACUUCUACCCCAGCGAGGACCUCAUAGCCAAGGAGACGGAGUACUUUACUGCCCCGUUCGAGAAGGACAGGCUGGAGUACUUCUACGUGAAGGACCGGGACCUCUUCUUCACGCCAUCCAUGAGGAGUAGAAUGGCCUACUACAUCCUCAGCCGAGCCCCCUAUGAGGUGCGAGGGAACAUCAAGAAGUUUGGUGUCACAAAGCUGCUCGAUGGGGGGGUGUACAAGGCUGCUUAUCCCCUGCAUGAUUGCAGAUUCAACGUCAGGUCGAAAGAAGAUGAGUGCCCCAAUGAGAGAUACCUCCUGUAUAACGAGUGGGCUCACCCUAAAAGUUUCUAUAAGAUGCAGCCACUUGAUCUCAUAAGAAAGUAUUAUGGGGAAAAGAUUGGAAUUUACUUUGCUUGGCUGGGCUUCUAUACAGCCAUGCUAGCCCUCGCUGCCAUUGUUGGACUUGGCUGUUUCAUUUAUGGGUACACGACUCAAGAAACAAGCACCUGGAGCAAAGAGGUGUGCGACCCUUUGAUUGGAGGAAAUAUUGUGAUGUGUCCGCAGUGUGAUAAGGAGUGCACAUACUGGAGGCUCAACAGCACCUGUGAAUCUUCUAAAAAACUGUGCAUAUUUGAUAACUAUGGGACGCUGGUGUUUGCUGUCUUUAUGGCCAUUUGGGUGACCGUGUUUCUGGAGUUCUGGAAGCGCUACCAAGCAGAACUGGAGUAUGAGUGGGACACCGUGGAGUUCCUGGAGCAGGAGGAGCAACCUCGUCCCGAGUAUGAGGCCAAGUGUAACCACGACAGAAUCAACCCUGUCACACGGGUAAAAGAGAAAGUACCUUAUACAGCCUGUGGACGGUGUAUAAGAGUGUCUUUAGGAAUUGGGACUGUCUUAUUCUGGAUUGUGUUGAUCCUAGCGUCAGUGGUGGCCAUCAUCGUAUACCGACUGGCAGUGUUCUUCUCAUUUUCGACGAGACUCCAGUCUGACCUAAAGGAGCUCGAACCGUUUAAGGAGUAUGUGACCGCACAAAUGGCCACCUCCGUCACUGCUUCUAUCAUCAGCUUCGUAGUAAUCAUGGUGCUCAACAUCCUGUAUGAGAGGGUUGCCAUCUGGAUCACUGACUUUGAGCUACCAAGGACCAGGACGGAUUAUGAGAACAGUCUGACUCUGAAGAUGUUCCUGUUCCAGUUUGUCAACUACUACUCCUCCUGCUUCUACAUUGCCUUUGCCAAAGGGAAAGUGGUUGGUUACCCUGGGCAACCUGUUUACCUGCUGGGAAAGUACAGGAAUGAGGAGUGUGAUCCAGGAGGAUGCCUGAUUGAGUUGACAACCCAGCUCACUGUCAUCAUGGGCGGUAAAGCCAUCUGGAAUAACAUUCAGGAGGUGUUGUUGCCGUGGAUGAAGAAUUUGAUAUUCCGCUACUGCACACGUGUGGGGUCUGAAAAAGUGAUUCCUCGCUGGGAGCAGGACUAUCAGCUGCAGCCCAUUGGGAAGCUGGGCCUCUUCUAUGAAUACCUGGAGAUGGUGAUCCAGUUUGGUUUUGUGACUCUGUUUGUGGCCUCCUUCCCCCUGGCUCCUGUCCUGGCUCUGGUCAAUAACCUCUUUGAGAUCCGGGUGGAUGCCUGGAAGAUCAUCACCCAGUUCCGCCGCAUGGUUCCAGAGAAGGCCCAAGACAUCGGGGCGUGGCAACCCAUUCUCCAAGGUGUCGCCAUCUUGGCUGUGGCAUCAAAUGCCAUGAUCAUUGCCUUCACAUCAGACAUGAUCCCACGAUUGGUUUACUACUGGUCUUUCUCUGUGUAUCCCUAUGGAGACCAUUCCAGUCACACCAUGCAGGGCUACAUCAACAACACGCUCUCUGUGUUCGACAUCCAGGACUUCUCCAACAAGAGCCGGCCCUUGCAAACACCUUACUGGUUCAAUAACAGCACCACCUGCAGAUAUCGAGAUUUCAGAUAUCCACCAGGACACCACAGACAAUAUGAAUACAGUAUAUACUACUGGCAUGUGAUAGCUGCCAAGAUGGCUUUCAUAAUAGUUGUAGAGCACAUUGUAUACCUGACCAAGUUCGUUCUGUCCUACGUGAUCCCGGACGUGCCUUACACAGUGAGGGAACAGAUCAAACGAGAGAAGUACUUGAGCCAGGUCAUCCUUCACGAGACCAACCUCAAACUGGUGACCAAACGCUUAAAGCCUUUCGGUGAUAAGAUACUUAAACAAAAUGAGGAUAAGGAGGAGGAGAUUAUGGACCUUUACUUUUAAUCUCUGAAACUUUUUCAGAGAAGAGAGAGUCCUGCCUUUGUCAGGACCUACAAUAUUUCCAAGUAUUGUUGAGCAGCUAAAGAUGUAUUCAAUACAUGCUUUAAUAGCUUUAAUUAAUAUUAAUUAAUAUUAUUAGUAGCAUAAUAGCUUGGUGGGGACUACGACCAACCAAACCAGCCAUGAAGCUCAGCUCUGUUGCUCAGAUCUCUGGAUCUAUUGCAUAUUUAGCACUUUUAUGUCAAUGAUUGUUACAUGUACACUGUUACAUUUAAUGUGUUUUGUAUUGUUACAAUGAUUACAUUUUUUGGAGGUCUUAACUUAGACACUUCUGGGAGGAACAUAACAGUGCCUGGGUGUUACAUACAGCACAUGUAUACACUGUUACAUUUAAUGUGUUUUGUAAUGUUAAAAUUAGGAUUCAAUGCCAUAUGGAAGACUAUGAAUGACAACAAUACUUUUCUUCUUUAAACAAAGCAUACAGAUUUGUAUACAAUUUGUGGCCUAGGCCUAUCCAAACAUUUCUAAUACUCAAGGUGUGCUUGAUUUAGUCAGGAAUAAUUCCAAAAGCUCAAAUUGCAUUAACCAGGCAAGCCAUCAAGUAUGGAAGCUCGUUCCCGCCACCCAGGAAAAUAUAUCUGACUACGAGUUAUGAGAUAGAAUGUCUGGAUCAUGGACAUUGAAUAGUCCUGCAGGUCGACCCUUUUUAAAGGGUCAAUCUGGGAUUCACACAAUAACAAAGCUUCUCCCACCACAGCUGAGGAAUGGGGCAGGAGAAAUGUAACCAAUCUCAAAUACAUAGACACAGGACUCACAUAUGGAUGCAAGGACUGACCAUCCAUGAGAUACAAAUUAUAUUUUUAACCAUGUUUUGAAGCUAUACUGUGUUGUUUACAAUUACAUUAUUUACACACAAUAGAGUAAACCAAGCUUGUAUUUUGGGUUCUGAUUGGGUAAGACCAUUACUCAUUUCUAAGUUACAGUAUUGAAUAAUCAGUGGCUUUACACUGAGUGUACGAAACAUAUUUCCAUGACCAGGUGAAUCCAGGUGAAAGCUGAUUCCUUAUUGAUCUUACUUGUAAAACCCACUUAAAUCAGUGUAGAUGAAGGGGAAGAGACGGGUUAAAAAUGAUUUUUAUUGAGUCAUGGAUUCUGUAUGUGUGCCAUUCAGAGGGUGAAUGGGAAAGACAAAAGAUUUAAGUGCCUUUGAAUGGGGUAUGGUAGUAAG